CAAGGCCUGCCUGGGUCUGGCGUGGGCACGGUGCCCAGGCAAUGAGGUUCAGCUGCCUUCUGGGCCUCCUCCCUGGGGACAGCCCCUUCCAGCCAAUGGUGCAGCCCAGGCGCCCCCCUAUAUAAGGCGGGGCUGCAGGCGCUCCCUCUGGGUCAGCGUCGCCUCCAGGACACAGACAGCCCCUUCAGCACAGCCCAGCCAGGUCCCCUCACCACUGCAGCCAUGCCUUUCGGCAACACCCACAACAAGUUCAAGCUGAACUACAAGUCGGAGGAGGAGUACCCCGACCUCAGCAAGCACAACAACCACAUGGCCAAAGUGCUGACGCCUGCCCUCUACAGCAAGCUGCGAGACAAGGAGACCCCCUCCGGCUUCACCCUGGAUGAUGUCAUCCAGACAGGCGUGGACAACCCAGGUCACCCUUUCAUCAUGACUGUGGGCUGCGUGGCCGGCGACGAGGAGUCCUACACGGUAUUCAAGGACCUCUUUGACCCCAUCAUCCAGGACCGGCAUGGGGGCUUCAAACCCACUGAUAAGCACAAGACUGACCUCAACCACGAGAACCUCAAGGGCGGAGACGACCUGGACCCCAACUACGUGCUCAGCAGCCGCGUGCGUACGGGGCGCAGCAUCAAGGGCUACACGCUGCCUCCGCACUGCUCCCGUGGCGAGCGCCGCGCUGUGGAGAAGCUGUCUGUAGAAGCCCUCAACAGCCUGACGGGUGAAUUCAAGGGCAAGUACUACCCUCUGAAGAGCAUGACCGAGCAGGAGCAGCAGCAGCUUAUUGAUGACCACUUCCUGUUCGACAAGCCUGUGUCCCCACUGCUGCUGGCCUCAGGCAUGGCCCGAGACUGGCCCGACGCUCGUGGCAUCUGGCACAAUGAUAACAAGAGCUUUCUGGUGUGGGUGAACGAGGAGGACCACCUCCGGGUCAUCUCCAUGGAGAAGGGGGGCAACAUGAAGGAAGUUUUCCGCCGUUUCUGUGUGGGCCUGCAGAAGAUCGAGGAGAUCUUUAAGAAAGCUGGCCACCCCUUCAUGUGGAAUGAGCAUCUGGGCUACGUGCUCACCUGCCCGUCUAACCUGGGCACUGGGCUGCGCGGCGGCGUGCACGUGAAGCUGGCGCACCUCAGCAAACACCCCAAGUUCGAGGAGAUUCUCACCCGCCUGCGCCUGCAGAAGCGGGGCACAGGUGGUGUGGACACAGCUGCUGUGGGCUCCGUGUUCGACAUCUCCAAUGCAGAUCGGCUGGGCUCGUCUGAGGUGGAACAGGUGCAGCUGGUGGUGGAUGGUGUGAAGCUCAUGGUGGAGAUGGAGAAGAAGCUGGAGAAGGGCCAGUCCAUCGACGACAUGAUCCCUGCCCAGAAGUAGGCACCAGCCUGGCUGCUGUCACCUGCAGGAGCCGCAGCCCACGGGAAGACCAGGCCCUGCACCCCUUGCCCUGGCCCCAGCCCCUAACAUCGGCCCUUUUCUGAGUUCCUCCAUCUCUCAGAGUCCAGCCAGUGGACUCCAUCCUCUCAAUUCUGGCUGAUAAAAAAACCUCUUUCCCACUCUGAUUUCCAGAGCCCUGCCCACCACAGGAGCUCAGGGUAAUGGGGAGCACCCCAGCACACGUGGAGCUCCGCGGCUUCUCCACGUAAAACAAUAAAUGAAUAAAAGCAAUGGUGGCCUUA